UGUCUUUACUUCCUCUCUUGUCGUAGCCAGAAAAAAACAAAACAUCAUGACAGAAAAAUCCGGAGAAAUCGGUCGUUUGAACGAGCUCAAGGCUUUUGUCUCGUCGAAAACAGGAGUCAAAGGACUCGUCGAUACCAAAAUAACAGAAGUUCCUCGAAUCUUUCAUGUCCCUUCUUCUACUACUAUAUCUAACAACAAACCUUCUGAUAUCUCCAGCUUAAACCUCACUGUCCCAAUAAUCGACCUCGGAGAUGGUAACACAUCUGCAAGAAACGUUGUCGUUUCGAAGAUUAAAGAAGCAGCUGAGAAUUGGGGAUUUUUCCAAGUGAUCAAUCAUGGUAUUCCUUUAACUGUUCUUGAAGAGAUUAAACAAGGAGUUCGAAGAUUUCAUGAAGAAGAUCCAGAGAUCAAGAAGCAGUAUUUUGCUAAAGAUUUCAAUAAAAGAUUUGCUUACAACACCAACUUCGAUAUUUAUCAUUCUUCUCCUAUGAAUUGGAGAGACUCUUUCACUUGUUACACUUGUGUUCAAGAUCCUCUAAAGCCAGAGGAAAUCCCACUAGCUUGCAGGGAUGUUGUGAUUGAAUACUCGAAGCAUGUAAUGGAAUUAGGAGGUUUACUCUUCCAACUUCUAUCAGAAGCUUUAGGUUUAGACUCUGAGAUUCUUAAGAACAUGGAUUGUCUCAAGGGUUUGCUUAUGCUCUGCCAUUACUAUCCACCUUGCCCACAACCUGACCUAACUUUGGGCAUAAGUAAACACACCGACAAUUCCUUCAUCACAAUUCUUCUUCAAGAUCAAAUCGGUGGUCUUCAAGUUCUUCAUCAAGAUUCUUGGGUAGAUGUAACUCCUGUUCCUGGAGCUCUUGUCCUGAUCACGAACGAUAAGUUCUUGAGUAUGGAGCAUAGGGUACGUGCAAACAGAGAAGGACCGCGGAUUUCAGUUGCGUGCUUUGUUAGCUCGGGAGUGUUUCCAAAUUCCACGCUUUAUGGACCGAUAAAAGAGCUUCUUUCUGAUGAAAACCCUGCAAAGUACAGAGACAUCACUAUACCAGAUAACACUGUAGGAUACCUUGCGGACAUCUUUGAUGGAAAAUCGCAUUUGUCUAAGUUCAGGAUAUGAAGAAAAGACUUAUCUGGCUUAGUUAAAAAUAGAUACAUGUGUGUGUUUUGCAUCUGUUAAGCUAUUCUCUUCUCUCUGGGGAGAACAUGAACUAUUUUAUUAAUAAGAAAGAAUGUUAUGU